UUUCCUCUCUCCUACCUCACACACAAAUGCUCAGCCGCUGUCACUUGCCACUGGCUUCUGUCAGAGUUUCUCUCUGAGUGUUUUCAGAACAGAAAGUGCUUCGCGAGGAGCACGCACAAACAAUGUGCCGCUCCUGACCAACACUGAAUGGAUUAGCUGGCUAUUCAGAGCACUAAUGAGAUUACAGAGUCACAACAGACAUGGGUCCUAGCGGCAUGGUACCUUUUGCCGCGCUUCUUGAGGAGUGUUUUCCUUGUCAGUCCCUCAGCACUGGAAAUGGCGCUCUGAAAGUGACCGAGGCGGACCCGGCGCAGACGGAUGCCAGGGAAUAGACGCGCACAAGCUCACCUAUGUUGGUUUCGUGGUGGACAAUAUGAAGUACCAGAAAUACAUAACAGUGAUGCAGAUGGCCAUGGGAGUGACAGCUUCCAACAAAGACGACUGCAUCCCUCCAAAGAGACAGCUGUGGGUGCCACCUGAUUCAGAAGCCCCCGCUGCCUCCGCUGCCUCUGCUGCGACGCCACCUGCUGCGGCUGUGAGUCAGGGCAAACCAUCACUGCGCAGGAUCAAGGGCCGCAUCCACAGAAGCAAGAGCCUGGACAGUAUAGAUCUACUGGACUGCAAUAGUACAACAAUGGAGGAAACUGUGAUAUGGGAACAGCACACGGUGACUCUUCACAGGGCGCCAGGUUUUGGGUUUGGAAUCGCCAUCUCAGGGGGCCGUGACAACCCUCAUUUCCAGAGCGGAGAGACCUCUAUAGUGAUCUCAGAUGUGCUCAAGGGGGGACCAGCAGAAGGGCUUUUACAAGAGAAUGAUAGAGUGGUGAUGGUAAAUGGUGUCUCCAUGGACAAUGUGGAGCAUGCCUACGCUGUUCAGCAGCUGAGAAAAAGUGGAAAGAAUGCCAAAAUCACUAUCCGCAGAAAGCGGAAGGUGCAGAUUCCUGUAAGUCGAGGGGGAGACCGAGAGACUAUGUCAGAGCGAGAGGAAGAGGAAGACACUGAGGAGGAUGAUUAUGAGGGACCAGCACGUGCAGGGGGAGCGAGCGGAGGCACUAGCAGAAGAAACGAGCGCAGCGACAGCACCGGAAGGAGGGACCAUAGUAAUUCCCGUGAGAGGAGCAUUUCCCCUCGCUCAGACAGACGAUCAGUUGCAUCCAUUGUCCCGCCACGUCCUUCCAAAGUCACACUUGUCAAGUCCCGCAAGAAUGAAGAAUACGGCCUGCGUCUGGCCAGCCACAUAUUUGUAAAGGACAUUUCUCCCGAGAGCCUUGCAGCCCGUGAUGGCAACAUACAAGAGGGAGACGUCGUCCUGAAGAUCAAUGGCACAGUGACUGAGAACCUGUCUUUGAUAGACGCAAAGAAGCUUAUAGAGCGAUCGAAAGGCAAGCUGAAAAUGGUGGUGCAGAGAGACGAGAGGGGGACACUCCUAAACAUUCCAGAUAUGGACGAUAGCAUUCCCUCAGCUAAUUCAGACAGAGAUGAUAUUUCAGAAAUUCAUUCACUGGCAUCAGAUCAUUCCCAUGAGCGCACCCGUCGCAGUCGAUCCCGUUCCCCUGACAAACGCUCAGAGCCCUCCGACAUCUCCAGCCACUCUCCACAGCAGAUGAGCAAUGGCAGGCCGAGGGGCUCUUUUCUCACCAGAAUGCUCCCGCUCCACAGGAGUCGCGAGGAAGAGCGCAUCUCCAAACCAGCAGCGGUAACCACUCCAGUUAAGAUGACGGAAGAUGCCCUUCUGGUUCCGUCCACAGAACAGCCCGGGGACAAACAGAUCCCUCCACUGCCAGAGCCAAAACCAGUGUAUGCACAACCUGGGCAACCUGAUGUUGAUCUGCCAGUCAGCCCCUCUGACGCCCCUGUGCCCAGUGUCACUCAUGAUGACAGCAUCCUCCGGCCUAGUAUGAAACUGGUGAAGUUUAAGAAAGGCGAAAGUGUAGGAUUGAGGCUGGCAGGAGGAAAUGAUGUGGGGAUCUUUGUUGCUGGUGUGCUGGAAGACAGUCCUGCUGCCAAGGAAGGCCUGGAGGAGGGAGACCAGAUACUCAGGGUUAACAAUGUUGACUUUGCAAACAUCAUUCGUGAGGAAGCAGUGCUGUUCCUGCUCGAUCUGCCCAGAGGUGAAGAGGUCACCAUCCUGGCUCAGAGAAAGAAAGAUGUGUACCGGCGGAUAGUGGAGUCUGAUGUGGGUGACUCCUUCUACAUCAGAACACACUUUGAGUAUGAGAAAGAGUCUCCAUACGGGCUGAGCUUUAAUAAGGGAGAGGUGUUCAGAGUGGUAGACACCCUGUACAACGGCAAACUGGGCUCCUGGCUGGCCAUCCGCAUUGGGAAGAACCACCAGGAGGUGGAAAGAGGAAUCAUUCCCAACAAGAACAGGGCGGAACAGUUAUCAAGUGUACAGUAUACACUCCCCAAAACUACAGGCGGUGACCGAGCUGACUUCUGGAGGUUCAGAGGUCUGCGCAGUUCAAAGAGGAACCUGCGGAAGAGCAGAGAAGAUCUGUCAGCUCAGCCUGUUCAGACCAAGUUCCCUGCCUACGAGAGGGUGGUACUUAGAGAAGCUGGGUUUCUGAGACCUGUUGUGAUCUUCGGGCCGAUCGCAGACGUUGCACGAGAUAAAUUGGGGAGAGAGGUGCCUGACCUGUUUGAGCUUGCAAAGACACAGCACCCAGAUGGAAGGGAAAAGAGUGAACCCAGAGAUGCCGGCACUGACCAGCGCAGCUCGGGGAUCAUACGUCUUCACACUAUCAAACAGAUAAUCGACCGGGACAAACAUGCAGUGUUGGACAUUACUCCUAAUGCAGUGGAUCGGCUGAACUAUGCUCAGUGGUAUCCCAUCGUGGUGUUCCUGAAUCCUGACAGUAAGCAGGGUGUAAAGAACAUGAGAACCAGACUGUGUCCUGAGUCCAGGAAGAGUGCCAGGAAACUCCAUGAGCGGGCACUUAAACUGAGAAAGCACAACCACCACCUAUUCACAGCCACCAUUAACAUGAACAACAUGAACGAUGGCUGGUAUGGAGCGUUGAAGGAGACUAUUCAGCAGCAACAGAACCAGCUGGUGUGGGUCUCAGAGGGCAAGGCGGACGGCGCACCUGACGAUGAUCUGGAUCUUCACGAUGACCGUCUGUCCUAUGUGUCUGCCCCUGGUAGCGAGUACAGUAUGUACAGCACGGACAGCCGUCACACCUCAGACUACGAGGACACUGACACAGAGGGCGGAGCCUACACAGACCAGGAACUAGACGAGACCCUGAACGAUGAGGUUGGACCGCCCAUUGAACCCGCCAUCACUCGCUCCUCAGAGCCCGUCCGGGAGGACCCACCCGUCAUCCAGGAACCCCCUGGAUACGGAGGGUACCAGCCCGAACCGCUGAACCGCAUCGACCCGGCAGGGUUCAAGGCCCCUGCCCCUCAGCAGAAAGCAGAGGCUGCUCUUCCCAGGCAGCCUGAGCCGCUGGCAGAGACAGCGCCCCCUGCUGUUCAUGUAAAUGUAGGGGCCCUGAGUGCCAAGGAUCUCCCGGUCACCCUCACUCAGGGGGAUUUCAGCCCAGAGGCUGGCUCUCUCUUCCCACCUGCCCCUGAGCUAGUCCAACCCCCGUCUCCCGACCCCAGCCAAUCCAGACAACCCGGGUCAGAGUCCAAGAUGUACAAGAAGGAUAUCUAUCGUAACAACGAGCCGGUGCAGGUAAACCAGAAACCUAUGCAGCCCAACUACAACCCCCAGCAGCCCCUCUACCAGGAAGACAAGCCAUACAGAGAUUACGACCACCAGCCCUACCGCUAUGAUGGGGGCUACAUGGAACCAAAGGCUCGUAAUUUUGACCCCCACCUACAUUUAGACAGCAGCGUGCCUCCGUACGAUGAGCAUUGGGCUCCGUAUGACCAAACGUCUGGAUAUGACCCUCAUAUGCCCUAUGAGGAUGGUCUGAACCGCAUGUACGGUCACCCUCAGAUGCGACAUGACACAGGCUAUGACUCCAGUCGACCUCGCUAUGGCAAACCCAGCCCCGGACCGAUCCGACAUGAUGAACCGCCCCCUGUGCGCCCACAGUAUGACCAGGAGCCACUCUCUCAUACUCAAGCCUCUUCCCGCUCCCCUGAACCCCCCAAACAACAGUACUAUGACCCAUCCCAGAGGCCUUCCUAUAAUCAACCUCCACAGAGGGGCUACAUGAACUCUGAAGCCUCUGUGACCCCUCCUAAACCUGAGUCCAUCUCACCGCCAGUGGAACCUGCACUUCCUCCUUCCCUUCCAGCUGAGGCAGAGGAUGAUCCAGCCAUGAAGCCCCAGUCCGUGCUCACGAGGGUUAAAAUGUUUGAGAACAAGCGAUCCGUGUCUGUGGACAGAGCAAGAGAGUCUGCAGACUCUGGUAUUAGGCCUGUGGACAUGGUGCCUAAACCUGGUGCUGCCUCCGUGCCCAAAGCCAAUUCUUUAAGUAACCUGGACCAAGAGAAGGCCUUUAGAUCUCCAGAGCCACAGCACCCCCAGCCUAAAGCAACAGAUGAUAUCAUUCGUUCAAAUAACAGUGACCCUGAUGAGGAUGAGGAGUACUACAGGAAACAGCUGUCUUACUUUGACCGCCGAAGCUUUGACGGCAAACCCACUGCACAGCUGGCGCCUGCCAUCAAGCCAAGCCAACCCCAGACCCAACCAGGGUACUACCCCAGAGCAGAGUCAGUGGAGAAGAUCAACCCUGUUGCUCCAGUUAACCCAGCUGUCCCACCCCCGACCCUGCCCAAACCCUCAGUCACUCCACCUCUCGACCCAUACGGAUCUCCCAAAGUGAAGCCUCCCAAUCAUGAAGACACAGUCCAGAGCACUUACCUGCCUAAGAAAAGCUUCCCAGAGAAAUCUCCUGUUAACGGCACCGGCGAACCUCCAAAGACCAACAGCACUACCACAUCCAGCUACAACCGUUUUGUGCCCAAGCCGUACACAACCUCUGCAAGACCCUUUGAGCGCAAGUUUGACAGCCCCAAGUUCAACCACAACCUCCUGCCUAAUGACUCUCAAAAUAAGACAGAUCAUGUGAAAGCUCCCAUCAGUACCACAACCAAACCACAGAGUUUGCCCCAGCCGAUAGACCACGACAGCGGCCUGGACACCUUCACCCGCACCAUGGACCAGAAACCCAGAUACCAGCAGAACAACAUCAACGCUGUACCCAAGGCAAUACCUGUCAGCCCGAGUGCUUUGGAGGAUGACGAUGAUGAUGACAGCCACACGGUGGUGGCGACGGCACGGGGCAUCUUCAACAGUAACGGUGGGGUCCUGAGCUCCAUUGAGACGGGAGUGAGCAUCAUUAUCCCUCAGGGAGCCAUUCCUGACGGUGUGGAGCAAGAAAUCUACUUCAAAGUGUGUCGGGACAACAGCAUCCUGCCUCCUCUGGACAAAGAGAAAGGUGAAACACUGCUGAGUCCUCUGGUGAUGUGUGGUCCCCAUGGCCUGAAGUUCCUGAAGCCAGUGGAGCUCCGCUUACCUCACUGUGCGUCUAUGACCCCUGAUGGUUGGUCUUUUGCUCUAAAAUCCUCCGACUCCUCGUCGGGUGAUCCUAAGAGCUGGCAGAACAAAUCUCUCCCUGGGGAUCCCAACUACCUGGUUGGAGCCAACUGUGUGUCUGUGCUUAUUGACCAUUUCUGAGGAGGGCAGCAGCAGGUCCCGUUAGUGAAUGUGGAACCAGAUUAAAGGAGAGAGGACCUUCCCCUUAUAAACACACAAUAUGUGACACUAAACGAAGGGUCUCCUGACUGCGCUCUGGCUUUGUUUACGGUAACCUCUGAGACUGGAGGGAGGGUUACAUUCAAUGAAGUGCUGUUUUAAUCUCCUCCUCAUCCUCUUCAUUUUUACUUCUUCCUUUUUUUUAAGUGCUUUUAAAUGCUUUCGAGGAUAACAAAAACAGACAUUAACCAUCGAUGGACUGCAUGCUCUGUGCCACUGACCAACUAAUACUCACACUGUAAGCCAACUGUAAUAUUUUGUAACACAUUAAGUUGUGUUGUCUAUUUUUUAAAGGAUUUUAUUAGGUUCUUCCAUUCAGUCUAGGCUACUCAAACGUAUAGACUAUAUUAAUCUGCAAGUGUAUUUUAACUUCUCGUAGUAUGCACACUCUAAUGUUAUGAUUCUCAUGUAUAGUGCAACUUUUCUAGAAUAUCGAAUUCCAGUUCUAGGCUUUUCAGUCGAGCAGUUGAAGUGUACAUCUGACACAUUUCCUGACUUUUAUCACGUCAAGGGGCAGGAUCAGUGCUAGUUGUGUGGGUAAGUGUCAGAGAGAAUCUCGGGAUCUUAAGAAUAAUACAGGAUGAAGUUUUCUAGCCAAGGAGGUGUCACCUAAGGCUCACCUUUUUUUAACUAGCUCCUUUGUAGACACCACUAGCCUCCUCACAGACCUGUGAACUUGAGCACUGGAACAUUCCUGCUGUGUCGAGAUCUAUGCACGUGCUUUGACUCAGGUGUGAAGAACGCUGCUCUCUCCUUUCCCCUCUUUCUCUCACAGAUUCUUUUCUCUCUCUGUCUCUCUCUCUUUCUCACACUCCAUCUAAAGCAGUGAUGCCUUAUCUGAAACGACACUUUUUUCAAUAACACAAAAACCUUUGUGGUUUCUUUUUGCUAAGUUGUUGUAAUGAUAAAUUAUGAAGAAACUGAAGUUGUCUUUCUGCCAUUUUUGUCAACCCGCUGUACAAAUAAACCUGGGUGUUGCACACAAGUGGAACAGUGUAAAGGAUAAGAACAGGUUUUCUCUUUCUAUCUGCUAUGCACAUGACCUUUGAAGAGAAAUACAACUAAAAGAUGGGAGGAGAUCAAUUGGCUGUACAUAAAGCUAGCAUAUUGCCUUCAUUAUUGGUUUGUAAAUUACUUUUUUUUAUGUCUUUAUUUUGUAUAAAACUUAAGGGGGAAAACAUUUAUAAAAGAGGAUGAAUGAAAUGAAACGAUCGUCUUUGUAUUCUGGUUUUACCCUUGAGCCUUGGAACGUGUACUUGGCAGUAAAAACAUCAUUUUCUACAGAUUCGCAUUAAAAUAUAAGCGUUUUUAAUGAUAGCCUUCUUUUUAUUCUUUAUUUACAAAAGAAAGUGCUUGAUGUAAACUAUUCUCAAAACCCGUUUCUCUUCAACGGUGUGCUUAAAAUGUGUCCCACACAUUUAUUUGUGAUACUGGAUGCUAUAUUGGGUGUCCUGAAAUGUAUUUUUGUACUAAUAGACGAUUUAUUACGGCACACCAGAAUUCUUCUUUAGACAAUAUAACAGCUUUGACUGGUCAUUAGCUAUUCACAUGUGGCAGAGUUUGUUCCCUUUUCAACACUAUUUCCAGUAUGCCACUGUAUUAAAAAUAAAAUCAUUUUGAAAAUACA